AUGGAGCCUGCAGCCAGCAAUGAGACGGCCAAACAAGAGCACGGCGGGGAUGGCGCUGAUCCAGAAGAACCCAUCGAAGAACACGAAUUUCAGAGGUGUUCUCGGAAAGGCCGAAGGGAUGCCUGCCCGGACAUUCACUGCAAGUGCGGCGAUUCCAAACAAAGUGGUGAGUGUAUGUUUCACAAAGAAGCUACACAAGCUGACUCAAAAAAAGAGAGCGGCGGGGAAAAGACGUGAAAUUUCAGUGAGAACAUUGCAUUUGCCCGAACGCAUUUAGUACUAUACCAGUGAUAUUUAUUUUUGGCUCGUCUGGCACCGACCUGGUGUUUGAAUGCGGAAUAAAUUUUUAGGGAGACCUGGUGGCAUCUUCUCUAAAAUUUGUCGUUACCAAACCCACAGAACGAAAAAACCCGGAAACAGCCAUGGCGACGUUUGGGAGUCGCGUUAAAACUCAC